UGUUUAACCCAUUAAUGCCCCAUGUUGCAUAUCUGCAACACAGACUUCAACUGCUCAAGAAAAAUACAUCGGGCCCAUUUUGUGACAAAAAGUUGUCAGUGCUCUUCUCAGUGGGCAUUUCUCAAUCCAAGGAGUUCAGAUUUUCACCACUAGGGGCAGCGCUGUGCUCGCAGGAAUCGUUUGAAAAUGGCGUCCUCCACGCCGUGCGGGAGUUCUCAAAACCAGGCCGUCAUUGCACCUUCAGCCUUCUAUGGUGUGCCAAGGACAAGACCAAAGCGGUUCCUUGGAAAUGACAACCUGCUGGACAACAUCGAUUGCAACGAGAGUGAUCUCUCGGGUGAAAGCAGCAGCGAAGAAUGCGAAGCAAUCACUGAAGAUAGCAGCGAUGAAGACGUCGAGAGCACUGACGCUAAUGUUGAGACAGGAGUUGCUAAGGGGGACCUGAAAGGAGCCUAUGCGAACAAACGCUACACAUGGAAAAAAUGUGCGUUUGACCAAGCUGGCACAGACUUUGAAAAUGACUUCCCUCUGCCUCCUGCUGAACCCCUGUCAGCGAAGCAGCUUUUUGACCUGUUUGUUUCGAGGAGCAUGCUGGGACACGUUGUCGAAGAAACCAACAACUACUAUAUGCAGAAGCACGGAACACCCCUAAACAUGACAGUCGAAGAGCUCACCUCGGUUCUAGGAAUGUUUUUUCGCAUGGGACUUGUGGAUAUGCACAAUGUACGUGCCUACUGGGAACAUGGAAGCCGCUAUGAGCUGGUUGCACAGGUGAUGUCGCGCAAUCGAUUUGAGAAGAUUGCUGGUCACUUGCAUUUUGCUGACAACGACGGUGCAACAGACGAAGUGAAACAAGACAAAUGCUGGAAGCUGCGACCAUGGCUGUCAGCACUGCGGGGAAACAUGCUGAAAAUACCUCAGGAAUGCAAGUCAUCCGUCGACGAAAUUUUGAUUCCUUUUCGUGGAAGGUCGCAAAUUCGUCAGUACCUUCCAAACAAGCCGAAGUGCAAGUGGGGCCUCAAGCUCUGGGCUCGUGCUGGCGAGUCUGGACUUUGUUACGACUUUGACAUCUACCAGGCAUGCAGCAAGGGAGCCUACGGAGACCAAGAAGGAUAUCAGUUAGGCCUUGGUGCGGGAGUGGUGCUUCAGUUGUGUUCAAGUCUCCCUGAACGGGACAACAAUCUCAUCGUUGCUGACAACUUUUUCACGGGACCACACUUAGUUUGCGAGCUAACGCGGAGGGGUAUCUCGUACAUUGGAACUGUGAGAGAGAACAGACUGCAGUCGUGCAAACUAAUGGAUGAGAAGGCAAUGAAGAUGCAAGGUCGUGGCACGUGUGAUUCAUGUGUCGCAUCAUGUGGUGACAGAAGCAUGAUAGCUGUAAAGUGGUUCGACAACAGACCGGUCACACUUCUUUCUAACUGCACUGGUGUGGAACCGGUCACCUCUGUAGAGAGAUGGGACAAGAAAGAGAAGUCUCGCAUCUCAGUUGAAUGUCCAGCAAUUGUACCCGAGUACAACAGAUCGAUGGGUGGUGUUGACCUACUAGACAAGAUGUGCUACAGCUACAGGUUUUCCAUACGCUCGAAGCGGUGGUACAUGUACAUAUUUUGGCACACCGUCAAAAUUGCUGCUGUGAAUGCGUGGUUUCUGCACAAGCGUCACUCACUGCAGCAAAGGGAAUCUUCCAAGCCUCUGCGAGAAUUUCUUGCGGACCUUGCCACGAGCUUGGUUUUGUACAGGAAGCGUCCGCCUGGCCGCCUUUCUCGAGAGAAUCUUCCCUUGGUGAAGCGGGCGUCACCACAAGUUCCACGCGACGUAAGAGGCGAUGGUAGCCAUCAUUGGCCCAUUUGGAUGGACCGCCGCAACAGAUGCAAGUUGUGCACAGGAGGCUACAGCUACGUCGCUUGCUCAAAGUGCAAUGUUCACUUGUGCAUAAACAAAGACCGGAAUUGUUUCGUCGAUUUCCAUCGGGGUUAGGUAACUUAUCCAUGCUAGGAAGCACGUCUUUCUAUGUUUUGUUCAUCACUGCUGUGCCUUGUUUGAUAAAAUAAACUUCUUAUAUAUGGCUAA